AUGUACGGCAAAAACCUCCAGACCAUCCCACCCGGCGUGGAUGGCAAGGCUCGGCUGGAGGCCGUCCGCCAGCGCGUCAACGGCAAGGAGGGACCCAAGCCGGGCUCUGCGGAGGAUAAGAUCAGCUACAUGCGCAGCGACCACAUGUUGGUGCGCUUUCUCAUCGCCAGACAGUGGGACGUUGAGAAGGCGGUCUCCAUGCUCGAAGGCCACUACAGGUGGCUGGCUGAGACCAACAUGGAGACGCUGCUCAAGGACCCCUUUCCGGAGGAGGUUCACAUCAAGCGCUACUACCCGCAGGCAUACCACGGCACGGACAAGCUGGGCCGUCCUUUGUACAUUGAGCGGCCCGGCCACAUCGACAUGCCGCGCUUGCUGCAGGCAACGUCCUGUGAAAGGAUUCUUCAGUACGUCUACGCGCAGACGGAGCUGCAAAUACGUCGUCGGCUGCCGGCCUGCUCCCUCGUUCGUGGAGAAGUGGUUGACAAGUCCUUGAACAUCAUGGACUUGGAGGGCCUCGGCUUCUCAAUUGUCACGCACACGACUGCGCGGAAGGUGGUCAAGGACGUGGUCGCCAUGUUGCAGAACCAUUAUCCCGAGUGCAGCGGAAGGAUGAUCAUCAUCAACGCGCCGCGGGUUUUCGGCAUCGCCUGGUCGUUCGUAAAGCCGCAGCUGGAUGCGAAGACCGUCGAGAAGAUCUCGAUUUUCGGCAGUGAUCAGCGGGAGGCGUACGUGCAGUGCCUCCUGGACCUGGUCGACGCGGACCAGCUGCCUGCGAUGUACGGCGGAAGGUGCAUGUGUGAUGGUCGGGACAAGCUGUCCUGCAUGCGCGCCGUGAAGGGGCCGUGGGCGGACCCCGAGGUCCGCCAACCUUUCGUGGGUUGGACGUUGGCUGUGCAUCAUCCCGUCCUGUAG